CGGUUGUCAAUGAGCAGACUGCAAAGAUGGAGGGUCGUGUCGAUGUUGGAUGAAAUGAAAGGCCUUUUUGUGCAGAGUUAGGGAACAAACAGACCAGCAUGGACUUGAAACAGAAAUUAAAGCUUUUGAUAGGAAAACAGGAAAGUCCUCAGUCUCCCCAGGAAGAGAAGAUUCAUGCUAAUGUGACAGACUAUCUGAGUGGCACUCCAACAGUUAACAAACUGAAGUUUGAGAGACCUAGCAACCCACAAGAGGAACAGGAUAUCAUUGACACUAUUGAUCCCGCUUAUUACAAGGAUGAAACAUUUGACACAAGUUUAUUUGAACUGGAGAAACUGCCAGAAGAGGUUGAUUUGGACAAAGUUACAGAUGACAGGACCAAACUUGGUCGCCAGUUGAAUGUUGUAUCAAAGCGGAUAUCAGAGUUAAUCUUACAAAAUCAUGCAGCUUAUGCAGUAGAGUUGGAGAGGGUGAUGGAGCUGCAGCGCACCCUACAAGCAGCCAGUGGCAUUUGUGUCAGGGGUCGUAGGCAACUGGGACAUGCAAGACAGAGCUUCACCAUCGCUAGCCUUGGGCUUCUGGCCAACUACCGCAAAAGACAGCAACUUUUGGGACUACUGAAGUCUUUGCGAACAAUCAAAACAUUGCAAAGAACUGACUUAAGACUACGGGAACUCAUGGAGGAGGAAGACUAUAGUGGGGCCAUCCAGCUGUGUCUAGAAUGCCAGAAGGCUGCUAGUACAUUCCGACACUAUAAGUGCAUCAGUGAGCUGAGCUCUAAACUGCAGGAUACCUUGGAGAUGAUAGAAGAACAGCUAGAUGUAGCUUUGUCUAAGACAUGCUCUGGCUUUGAUGUUAAUCACUAUGAAAAAGUACAAAAUGCUUACAAACUUCUUGGGAAAACACAGACAGCAAUGGACCAGCUGCAUAUGCACUUUGCUAGUGCCAUCCACAAUACAGCCUUCACCAUUGUAUUGGGCUACGUGGAGCUUUGUGUAGGGUCAGCUGGAUCCAACUUUCAAAAGAGACAGUACCAAGACUUAUGCAAGCAUGUUACCAUUGAGAGCUUCACUCCAUGUCUACUUGAUCUAUGCAAAGCGCUGUGGGGUGUCAUGCGCAGCUAUUAUCAGACCAUGGAGUGGCACGAAACACAUGAUCAAGACUUGGUGCAGCUGUCAGCAACAGAAGAUGAUGGGGCAGCAGUGGAGGCAACAUUCAACCGUCGAUAUGUGAUGCAAAAGCUGGAAUAUGGCCGUGGACGAAUAUGGCAAGAUGUGCAGCAAAAAGUGAAGACAUAUGUCCUUGCUGUUGACCUUGCUCACUUCAAGCUCGAACAGUUUAUCCAUGUCCUUGACCUCAUAAACAGGAUGAUUAAAAUUGGUGAAGAAUUUUGUGGUAGCAAGUCAGAAGGUCUGCAAGAUUCUCUCAAACAGCAAAGUCUGAACUACUUCAAGAAUCACCACAGGGCUCGCCUAGAAGAACUGAAAAUGUUUUUGGAGAAUGAGGCUUGGGAGUUGUGUCCUGUGAAGUCAAAUUUCAAUAUUCUACAGCUUAUGGAGUAUCGGUUCAUGCAGAACAUUAAAGCCAAAGAUCAACAUUCAGUUAUGACAAAGACCAUAUCAGAUUCAAGUGCCAAAGUGUCUCCACAGCUUGCAAGUAAGGAGGAGGAGGAGGAGGAUGUGGAAGAAGUCUUGUUCAACUGUCUUGCCAGAGACAGCAAUCCUUUUGACUGUCAACAGGAAGAUGAGGAAAAUGAAGAUGUCUUCUCAGGGACAGGGGAUCUGGAGAAAGAAUACAAGGAUUCAGACAGUGAUUCUGACAUUCCAGAUGAAUUAAAGAAGGACUAUAUCGAUGAACUCACAGGAGAAACACAUUCAUAUAAAGGAUCAAGCCGACAAAGGUCAUCUUCACGAAGCAAGCAACAUCGACAGGGACCUAUCAUUACCAAUACCACACUCAAUGUACUGCGUGUUGUGGGGAAAUAUCUUCAGAUGAUAUCAGUCUUACAUCCCAUUGCCUUUGAUGUUAUCACCUGCAUGUCACAGCUCUUUGAGUACUACCUGUACACAGUGUUUUCCUUCUUCGCUACAGAUGGGAUUCUUGCAGAAGACCGCACUGUCAACAACCGACUUUCAAUCACACUGAAACGAAUACAUGACAAUCUCAUUGCUGAUCCUGGAACAACAGGGUUAUCUGUAGAAGGUGAUAUAAUGAGAGUCCGAGUUCCAGCUGCCAUCAUGUUGUCUGUAGUGGAUUUGAAUUCCCCUGCUCAUCUAUUUGGCCUGGCAGAACGCACAGUUGCUGUGGAAUCACUGGUAUUUUUGGCUGAACAGCUUGAAAUGCUGGAAGGCCAUCUGGAAUCUCUUAUCCCCUCAAAUAAGAAAGCCUUCCUACAAACAUUUUAUUCCCAGACAGUCAGGAUGGCCACUGAGUUGCGGAAGCCAGUGUAUCGACCAGUGGCAGCACGAGCCAUAAGUUAUGACCAUGUGCUACAACAAAUGAACAACGUGCGCUGGGACAUAAGAGAAAUCAUGUCACAACACAACUCUUAUGUGGAUACUCUUCUUAAGAGUCUCACAGAGCUGUGUGUUAAACUUCGGGAAGUGGAUCGCCGAGUUCCAUUGCCCUCUCAAGCAUUGGAUAUAAUGUGGGAACACUGUCUUCGUCUUGGCAAUCGAACCAUUGUGGAGGGGUACGCAAAUGCCAAAAAGUGCAGCAAUGAAGGCCGAGCUUUAAUGCAGCUAGAUUUUCAACAAUUUAUCACUAAACUUGACCAGAUCGUUGUUCUUAAGCCGAUACCAGAGAGAGAACUAGUGGAAGCUUACAUUAAGGCCUACUACUUGCCUGAAAGUCAGCUGGAAGCAUGGGUUCUGGAGCAUAAGGAAUACUCAAACAGACAGCUUCUGGCAUUGAUCGGUUCUGUUGACCAUUUGAGUCGCAAAUCGCGGCAGAGGCUCAUCGCAUUAAUCGAAGACGCUGACAAGACCAAGAGGUAGCACAUGCUGUCCUCUCUGUGACCUUUAUGAUUGAAGGUGAGAUUUUACCAGCAAGAUUGAAAGGGCAGGCAGGUGUACCGUACAGCUGAAUCAAGUCUUUGGAGUAAAUUAACAUUGGAACUUUACUGCAUCAUGUACUGGUUGUGUGAAACUACCUCAACGAGCAGUUUCCCAACAAGAAUGACGACAAUGAAGCACAGUUAAGUAGCCAUUCAGGUCACCAGGCCUCACACACAACUUAUUUCUUUUCUUUUUUUCUGGAGAACUGGAAUAGCAUUGAGGAAUUAUUGUACAAGGAGUUACUUGUAUUAAGGAACUUAUAUUAAAAUAUAUCAAAAUAUGUGCAGAAUGUAUUAUUUUCUCAAAGAAUGGAAAGGUAUUUUUUAGUGGGGGUGAUCAUUUUAACUAUUUUGUAAACUAUUUUAUUCCAUGCUGUAUGUUAUCUUUUGGCUUAUUCGGAACCAUAAAUAUGUUGCCACGAUUUUUGUUUGUUUUGUCCAGUUUUUUAUUUUUAUUUUUUUUUUUUAAUAGGUUUGUGGAUUUGCAUGUGUGCACAUGUGGAAUUGAUAAAUAACAUGGAUCAUAUUUAGUGUCUUUUAGUAAGACAAAAGUCUUCUUCAUAUGUACCUAGCUACAGAUUCUGAGCAGCAAAGAAAAAAAAAAACUCCUAUUGACAGCACCAUUCUUAUCCCACUGGCUCCACCAAUAAUUGAUGUUCAACUUCAGUUACUGCCCUUUAACACAAUAGCGGUAAAUAUCCCAGGUGCAGUUAGUAGAACACAUCUCAUGUGCUGUUGUAAUUAGAAGGCAUAAUGCAAGGACAGAAGACCUUUAUCUUUCUUUUGUGUGGGUGUAUAACAAAUCCAUUUCCAUAGCUUGUGACUACAUCAAUGUGAACUGGAUGGUUAAGAGUGAUUACAGAAAGGACUGCCUGCUUGCUUGCGACGCAUUAUUUAAUUCUUGGUUAUAAUUUGCAUUUUAUUUAUUAUCAUAAAUAUUAUAACUAUUGUUAUCUCAUUUGCUAGUUAUUUUUAUUUGCUGCUUCUUUUUUAAGUUUCAAUUUCAAAGCAAAGAAUUUUUGUUGAUAUGCUGUUGUCAUUCAAAAUAGGAUGGGUCAAAGCUGAACAGUAAACAAUUUUUGAAACCGCAGAAAAUUUAAAAUUUAAAAAGGCUAAAUUUAGCCUUUCUUUAAGAGAUCUAAAGUCUUCCACAACUCUUUCUUUCUCUGUCCUGUGUGUAAGCAUGCCCACUGGCACACUAAAAUGCAUAUUAUAGACCUAACCCAUUAUCUGCCAUCUUGCACCAUAACACUAAGCAUUUCUAAUGAACCAAAGAAUUCAAGUUUCUACUUAUCAAAUGGACUAUUUUACAUCUCCAAAAUGUGUAAAUGCAUCUCGAGUUCUUGAUUUUUUUUCCCCUUAGAUUAACAUAUAGAAUGGGAUAAUUGUGAUUAAAUUUGUGGAUGUUAAUUUAAUAGAAUCAUUGUAAGAGGUUUUUCCAUUUCCUGUUUUAAUAAAAUUACAUUCCAGAUUGUUUGCUAUAAAUCUGUCAGUAAUGUUACUUUUACUUUUUUGUGAUAAGUUUUAUUUACAAAUUUAGUUAUCUGAAUAUUUAUACAACACACCAGGCCUUAUGUUAGCACAUUUGCAAUGUGAUAUGGUUGUGGAAUUUAGAAAAUUCAUGAUUGCUGAUGCCUGCAUCCAAUUUACCUAAGCAUCUGAGUAUGGUGAAGACAGUCCUGUAUUUAAAAUAUUGUGGCAUUUGCUCUUUGUGUCAGCUUUUUGUGAUAGAAUAAUGAUUUCUGUCACAUUAAAAGUAUUAAAUGACACGUAAAUCUUGUGGCUGUUUUGCCACUGAUAACUUCACCUUAACACUUCCCUUGCAUUAACAGCCCUGCCAUCAAAAUAUAAACAACGAAAAUGGGGAUUAUGUUAUUAAAGCUUAUUCACAACUAACUUCUUUUAAAUUUUGCCCCAUUUCAUUCAGAUAUUCUCUCCUGCCCCUUUCUGCAGUAUAGUAAUAUCAUUGUCAUGCACUUUUCUAACAAUCCAAUGUGGAAAUACCCAUCUAGUAUUUAUAUUCCUAUAAUAUUAAUAUAUGAAAAGACAUCUAAACAAGACUUGAUAAUGUGAACUUUAAUAAAUAUAUAUAAAACUUCAAAUACACAGUGUGUAUAUGUGUGAGAUGUAUAAAUACGCAUAUAUUUUAUAUGUGUGUGUAUGGACGCAUGUAUAUGUGUGUCUUGCAUUAUUCUAUUUCUUGCCUAAUACUUGACUGAAAUUCUUGAAAUCUGGCAUACAAGGAUACCUCGUAGUAGGUUGAAUGUCUUAGCUCUUUUUGGGUGAAAUUGCGGUUUUGUAUUUUAAAAAAAUGGCCUAUAAAGUACUGACCUUUGGACUGCAAUAAAAACAGUAGCAUAAAUGUAAAGAUCUGCGUGAAUGCUGUUUAUUGGUGUUUAAUUGCAAUUGUGCAAUAGAAUAUAAAAUUACUUUCUGUGCGCUGCAAUUGAUUUUCAUAGAUUGUAAGGUGUGAAAAUUUGGGUAGGGGAAAUGCUGACUAAUCCUCAGCAAGCCAGCUGUCACAGAAAGACAUUUGCCACAUAUAUUGCAUUGAGGGAGAAGUUUGCAUACACCUGAUGAAUCUGGUUGCCCAACAUGUGUGAAAAUUUGCUUUUUUAAAUUAUUUUUGCUUUCCAAUAUUUUGCUCCUUCAUAUUUUGAGGAAAACAAGCUUCAAAGUUCUGUUCCUUUCAAAAUAGCCAAGAGAUCCACCAAUCAAUCCAGCUGACAAAAGAGCUGUAGAUAGUGUAGUGGCACAAGGGUCAGCACCUGUCACAGUAUAGUGAGGAUUGGCUGCCAUUGGUUCAGAUCUGGUCACAGGCAUACUGCUCUUGCUCUCCAUGUGGCAUCUGUUUACAGGGCUAGCUGCUUUGCCAUGAUAUAGCCUUGGUUGGUGGCUUGGUGUAAAACACUCAUUUCUCACCCUAACAAAGAGCUGUAUCCUUGUACAUUGAAGUGCUACUGGACAUAGGUGCAACUAUAUAUGUGCUGAAUUUAUUUGUGAGAAGCUGUUAUCUUUAUAACUGGCAACUUUGUGUCUGCUAUAGAGAUUGCUUGUUGUGAGAUAACAUCAAUGAAAACAAAAUCUAACACAAAAAACAUGAUGAUCAAUAGGAAAAACAAUGGUCACAUGUUUUUAGUGCAGAUUUUUGAUGCCGAUAUCAACAGUCUGUAAGGUGUGCAACAAUGAGGUGUAUGUUUUCUAAGCAAGUUAUUUAAAAUUUAACAUUUUGAUUGGAUGCUUUGUGUAAAUGAGCACAUCAGCUUAUAAACAUGAUUGAGAGAUGGGCUUUUAACUAAUUCUUCUACAGCCUUGAACUUACGCAGGUGAUAUUAUUUCUUGAGUGAACUUUUAGCUUCUGCAGCUUACAAAAUUCCAGAUCUAGCUUUAUCUCUAUGACCGUUACUUUUUGGUAUGAAAUGUUUGUUCCAACCUUGAAACCAAAUAUUGGAUGCACUCAAACUUUUUGUAAUUUGCUCAAUAUUGUGCAUGCAUUUUCUGAAAAAUAUGCUCAAGUGAAUUGAGUCAGAAUUCAAGAUAAAAAACCAAAGAACUUCAGUGUCGUUUGAAUGCUAGAUAAAAAUUCAUGUACCAAUCUGUCAUGCAAGCUAUUUCUGGUCACAAAACAAGGACAUAAGCUCUGCCUAUCUGUAUAUUUGUGUGGAUGUGGUAAAACAAUAUGUAAAGAAUUGUGUCCAUAUACCAGUCUUGUGGAAGUUAUUCCCAGUCACAAGGCAAAUAAAACCUCUGGAAUUGA